ACAUUGUCAAACAGAGCAAGCUUGCCCUAGACUAGAGUGUUCCUCAUUACUCUCCCUCUCAUCGAUACGGUAAGAAUGGGCCGGAAAGCUGGUGGGCUAUAUAUAAAUCCAAAGAAAUUUGGUUCUCUCCGGAAACCUUGCAUGAAGGAAAUGAUAACUUUUCUUAAUUGUUUGUCUCUUAACCACAACAGUGAUGAAAAGUGCGUUAGGCAUAAAGAGCUUUUGAGUGCAUGCAUGGAUGCUCAGACUAACAAUAGCAGGAAACCUUGGGGAAGUAUUAAUUAUCAUCUGCAGAGGCUCAACAGGGGAAGGAAAUAGUAUUAUCAUGAUGGAGAGUUUUUGACUCCUGUAUGAUUCCUCAAUUUGUUUUGGACGUAUCACUAGUGGCAAGAGUUCGGGCAUGUUUUGAAAACAAAAUUAUUGAAGUGGUUCAUCAUACUGCCCUGGCCUGUUAAGGUGAGAAAUUUCAGAAUAAUUUGUGGACACUUUUUUUUUUUGGUUUCCCAGAGAUUUAGCUCAUCUAUGUAUCCACUGAUGGCAUUGUUUAUUUUGCAAAUCAAAGAUUUUUAACUGCUGGCCUUGGACUAUACAGAAGUUCCUGUGCAGGGAAUGCAAUGAGUUUGAACUUUAUCCCUGUUGCUCAAAAA